GCCCAACUGUUUUUGUAUCGUAUAGUUCCUUUCUUACCAAUCUGCGUUUCCUUCAUCUGUUCUGCUCUUUUGACAAUUGCAACUUUGCUUUAUAAUUAUACAAAUCGUUCAAUUCUGCUUUGCCUUGAUAAUUUUCCAAUUCCACCUGCAAUUUCUUACUUUUUCAUCUCCCUUAUAAGAAGAAUGUCUAGCCCAGAGGUCACUAUCACCCUUGGCCGCUCCGGCCAGGUGGUGACAAAGGGAGGCAAAAGGUCUAGAGGAGAGGGAUUUGGGAGUAAUGGUGAUAGCAACUUGUUUUCUGCAAACAAGAGGAAUCGAGGAGAUGGAAUGAAGCAGGGUAUUGUCCUAAAUGGAGUUAAUGGUAACAGUGAAGGAUCCCGAAUUGCUAAAAAUGAUCUCCGACUGAAACUGAUGCGAAAAAGGCUAUCUAAGAAAAUUCAGAAAGAGAAAAAGGAAACUGACCCACACAAAAAGCUGGUGAAGGUCAUUCACCCUCCUAUGAGUUCUGUGAGUUCUUACAUGCUGCCAGAUGGGUCUGAACCCAGUGGAAGUAACUUUUUGCGGCAAAUUCAUCAUAGAGAAAUUGCAGAUGAUUUGCAUCAAGUGGACUCACUAGGAAAAUAUUACUCAUAUCAUCCAAUGGGAGGAUCAAGAACUAGAUCUUCUGAUCGGAUUUUAAACAGUUACAACAGGUCAUCACCACCAAGAAAUUUUGAUGAAAUGAGGAAAGUUAUGCCUGUGAGGAUUGCUGAUGAUUCAAGAGGUCGGCGGGUUUUGAGUGAUGAAAUUCUUGAUUCUUCUAGAUUGGCCAGCUCCCAACCUUUAUUAAUAAAAGCUGCCUCUCAAACUGGGAAUGUAGGAACACGAAUGGCACCAACAAGAGGCAUCAUGCAAACUGUGUCACAUAUGGGCGAGGAACCUCAAACUGUAUCUGGCUUCCUGCAUUCUCUUGGUUUGGGGAAAUAUGUGGUCAAUUUUCAGGCGGAAGAAGUAGAUAUGACUGUAUUGACGCAAAUGGGGGAUAAAGAUCUCAAAGAAAUGGGGAUACCUAUGGGACCAAGAAAGAAGAUUCUCCUUGCUCUUUUGGCCCUCCUGAAACGGCGAACGUCAUGACUGCAACACUGGAUGGCUGCUCUUUGGGGAGAGAUUCCCGGCUACAUUUAAUCUAGGUGAGUGAUGAGACGUGUUUCUUUUGGAAGUUGGCAUGGAACUCUGUAAUUGGUUUGUUUAUGAAGAAUGUAUAUGAUUCUGAAAGUAGAUUAUGAUUGGAGUUGUUAGUAAAUUGAAUAGGAUGAGAUUGUCAACGCUGAAAUGUAUACUGCUGUUAGGGAUUGAAGAUCCCUUCUCUUGUAGAGCAUCCCAUUGACCAUUUAUGUUAGCCUUUUCAAGUAUUUUAGAUUUGUC